AGAACACCUGUACUAUCAUUUCACAAUGUUGCAUCAAAUAUUAUCAUCCUGUUAUCCUGUCUCGUCCAACGUCAACAAGUAGGAUCGGAGCCUUCUACUAUGGAUUAUUAUGAGGUGUUGGGCUGCACCAGAGACGAGGAUAUACUUACAAUCAAACGACGAUAUCAAGAAUUACUGUUAAAGCAUCAUCCUGACAAGAACGGGGGCGCUCAGAGCUCCGAGUACCUAGAUAUCCGCUCCGCCUGGAAAACCUUAAGCUUUCCUGUCUCCAGGAAACUGUAUGAUGCUGAGCUGAGUAACCGUGAGCUCAGUCAGGAUAGUACUCUCUGGUGUGAACUUAGACUAGAAGAACUGAGGGAAACAUUUUUGCUCUUUUCCUAA